AUGGAGGACGUUGCUCUACGAGAUUCCCUACCACAGAAACAAACUCUCCUUACCAGCUGGACUUACAGGAUUCCAGCUCUUUUAUAUGAGAAAGAAAGUGAAACUCUUCUGGCUUUUGCAGAGCAGAGGACAUCUCCAGAUGAUGCCAGCUCCAAAAAUCUGGUCAUGGCAACAGGAAAACGUAAGAAAAGUGGCUCUGGAGCAGUGACAGUUGAGGUAACUACUUUAAGUAAUUGUUUUCUGAUAUAUUUGAAGCAACCGUUUUCCUUCUUGAGGUUUCAAAUUAACAUUUUUGUGUGUGAUCUUUCAAGUGGUCAGAGUUCGAAGUGGUGAAGGAAGCACAUCUUGAAAGACAUCGUACCAUGAACCCCUGCCCACUGUACGACAAAAACAGCAAAACACUCUUCCUCUUCUUUAUCUGCGUUGAAGGCACUGUUUCAGAAAGGUGGCAGAUACAAAAUUACACGAACAAAGCCCGUCUCUGCUACGUAACAUCAACGGAUAUUGGUCAAAGUUGGAGUGAACUGACCGAUCUGACUGAUCUCCUGGAUGAAAUCAAGAGCUGGGCCACGUUUGCUGUGGGUCCAGGCCAUGGUAUUCAGACAGAGGGUGGUAGACUGAUUGUCCCUGUUUAUGCCUAUGUUUCCUACUGCAGCACAAGUUGUUGGAGCUGUUUUUGUAGAUCUAAAUGUUGUAAGGUCCUACCGUUUGCUCUCGCCUUGUACAGUGAUGAUUCUGAAAGAAAGACAUGGCAGUUUGGCGAAAUGCUUCCAGAAGUGUCUCUUGAGUGUGAGAUGGCAGAGUUUUUUGAUGACGCACAAAACAGCCUUAUCUACUGUAAUGCCCGCAAUCAAAGAGGCUAUCGAGUGGAGGCUGUCAGUGGUGAUAAGAAAUUAAUUUUUCAGCCAACCAGUCCCAGAAAGCUCACAGAGACAAGUUGGGGCUGUCAGGGGAGUGUGGUGUCCUUUCCAGAUCAGACUAAGACCAGUGAUCAGAGCCCUGAUCAGACCCCAAACAGGUGGCUGCUCUUUACCCACCCAAGCACAACCAAACGCACUGAAUUAGCGGUGUAUUUGAACAAAAGUCCAAGUGACCCAAAUGCAUGGAGCAAGCCCUGGAUCAUAAACAGCGGACCCAGUGCUUACUCAGACCUGGCUUACAUUGGUGACGGAUGGUUUGCCUGUCUGAUGGAGCGCGGGCAGCAGAGUGAGAUUGAACAGAUAGCUUGCAAGGUUUUCAGCUACAGUGAUGUUGAGAAGGGAACUGGAGAGUAG